AUGGAACCUGCCACCGGGGACUUAGAACUGGUGCCCGGGGCCUCCAAGGAUGUCCUGGCUGCGGACACCCCGUGCUGCCGGGUGGUCCUCGUGUCUGUGGUGGCCACCAGCAUCGUCAUCGUCACCCUGGGAGUCCUUGUGGCCUCGCUCUCUACACAGGGCGCCCACGUGGAGCACACGGCCGAGCUGCAGGGCAUCCGGUUUGCACCCAGCUUGCAGCAGGCGACCUCGGACUACUACCGCACGCUGACGCCCGCCCUGGAAACGCUGUUUGUAAGCAGCUUUCGGAAGACAGAGCUGCAGGCCAGCUGCGUGGGCUGCACGGUGCUGAGUUACAGGGACGGGAACUCCAGCGUCCUCGUGCAUUUCCGGCUGCACUUUCUGCAGCAAGCCCUCCGGACGCUGAGCCUGGAGCUGGAGGAGGAGCUGUUACAGCAGGGGCUCCGGGCCGGGCUGCAGGGACGCGGCAUCCCCCUGGCCGCCUACGGCACCAUCGUGUCCGCCCAGCUCACAGGCAACCACAAGGGGCCACCGAUGGAAAGAGACUUAAAAUCAGGUCGCUGUCCUGGGAACGCCUUUUCCUGCGGGAACGGCCAGUGUGUGACCAAGGGCAACCCGGAGUGUGACGGCACAGCAGACUGCUCCGACGGCUCCGACGAGGCCCGCUGUGACUGUGGUUUGCAGCCUGGCUGGAGGAUCACCGGCAGGAUUGUGGGUGGUGUGGGAGCAUCCCCAGGGGAGUUCCCUUGGCAAGUCAGCCUCCGAGAAAACAACGAACACUUCUGUGGAGCCGCUGUCGUCAGUGCCAGGUGGUUGGUGUCUGCUGCCCACUGCUUCAACGAGUUCCAGGAGCCCACGGAGUGGGUGGCCUACGCGGGCACUACCUUCCUCAGCGGCUCGGAGGCCAGCACGGUGCGGGCCCGCGUGGCCCGGAUCAUCAGGCACCCCUCCUACGACCCGGACACGGCCGACUUCGACCUGGCGGUGCUCGAGCUGCAAGGCCCCCUGCCCUUCAGCAGACACGUGCAGCCGGUGUGCCUCCCGGCCGCCACCCACGUCUUCCCGCCUGGGAAGAAGUGUCUGAUCUCGGGCUGGGGCUACCUCAAGGAGGACUUCCUGGUCAAGCCGGAGACGCUGCAGAAGGCCACCGUGGAGCUGCUGGACCAGGCCCUGUGCGCCAACCUGUACGGGCACUCGCUCACCGACAGGAUGCUCUGCGCCGGCUAUCUGGAUGGGAAGGUGGAUUCCUGCCAGGGCGACUCGGGAGGACCCCUGGUCUGCGAGGAGCCCUCUGGCAGGUUUUUCCUGGCUGGCAUUGUGAGCUGGGGAAUUGGUUGUGCGGAAGCCCGGCGUCCAGGGGUCUACGCUCGAGUGACCAGGCUGCGUGACUGGAUCCUGGAGGCCAUCACCACAGCAAGCAAGCCUCUGGCCCCCACGGUGGCUCCCACCCCCGCUGUCCCCAGCACUGCCUGGCCCACCAGCUCCGAGAGCCUGGUGGCCGACACCCCUGCCAAACCUGCGCUGGCCCUCGGCACCCCACCUCUCCACUCAGCCACCGCUUCUAAGCCGCAAGAGUGCGGGGCCAGGCCGGUGCUGGAGAAGCCCACCCGGAUCGUGGGCGGGUUUGGAGCUGCCUCCGGAGAGGUGCCCUGGCAGGUCAGCCUGAAGGAGGGGUCCCGGCACUUCUGCGGAGCCACCGUGGUGGGGGAUCGCUGGCUGCUGUCAGCUGCCCACUGCUUCAAUCACACGAAGGUGGAGCUGGUGCGGGCCCAUCUGGGCACCACAUCCCUCUCGGGCAUCGGCGGGAGCCCCGUGAAGGUGGGGCUCAAGCGGGCAGUGCUGCACCCCCAGUACAACCCCAGCAUCCUGGACUUCGAUGUGGCCGUGCUGGAGCUGGCCCGGCCCCUGGUCUUCAACAAGCACGUGCAGCCCGUCUGCCUCCCCCUGGCCAUCCAGAAGUUCCCCGUGGGCCGGAAGUGCAUCAUCUCUGGAUGGGGUAACACGGAGGAGGGAAAUGCCACCAAGCCGGACAUCCUCCAGUGGGCGUCCGUGGGCAUCAUAGACCAGAAGGCGUGCAGCGCCCUCUACAACUUCUCGCUCACGGACAGGAUGAUCUGUGCCGGCUUCCUGGAGGGCAGGGUCGACUCCUGCCAGGGUGACUCUGGGGGACCCCUGGCCUGUGAGGAGACCCCUGGCGUGUUUUACUUGGCGGGCAUCGUGAGCUGGGGCAUCGGCUGUGCCCAGGCCAGGAAACCAGGCGUGUACACGCGAAUCACCAGGCUGAAGGGCUGGAUCCUGGACACCAUGGCCUUCCAGCCCCUCCCCACACCCCCGCCGCCCACCGCGAGGAUGCCCUCCAGCAGUCCCACCAGCAGGGCCACAGCUGGCCUCACAGUCCCAGGGGUUGUGGCCAGCACACCCACUCCCCGGGCCACCAGCCAACCUGCCAACAGGACUGCCACCGGCCUGACCACAGCUACCAGGGGACAGACACCACUUCCACAUGCCCUAGAGGUCACCGCGGGCCCCCAGCUCCCAGACUGCGGCCUGGCGCCGGUGGCCACACUGACCAGGAUCGUGGGUGGCAGUGCUGCAGGCCGUGGGGAGUGGCCGUGGCAGGUGAGCCUGUGGCUGCGGCGGCGGGAGCACCGCUGUGGGGCCGUGCUGGUGGCUGACAAGUGGCUGCUGUCGGCAGCGCACUGCUUCGAUGUCUACGGGGACCCCAGGCAGUGGGCGGCCUUCCUGGGCACGCCGUUCCUGAGUGGCGCCGGCGGGCAGCUGGAGCGCGUGGCGCGCAUCCACAGGCACCCCUUCUACAACCUGUACACGCUCGACUACGACGUGGCGCUGCUCGAGCUGGCGGGGCCCGUGCGCCACGGCCGCCUGGUGCGGCCCAUCUGCCUGCCCGAGCCGGGGCCCCGGCCCCCCGACGGAGCGCACUGUGUCAUCACUGGCUGGGGCUCCAUGCGCGAGGGAGGCUCCAUGGCGCGGCAGCUGCAGAAGGCGGCCGUGCGCCUCCUCAGUGAGCAGACCUGCCGCCGCUUCUACCCGGUGCAGAUCAGCAGUCGCAUGCUGUGCGCUGGCUUCCCACAGGGCGGCGUGGACAGCUGCUCGGGUGAUGCUGGGGGACCCCUGGCCUGCAGGGAGCCCUCCGGCCGGUGGGUGCUAACUGGGGUCACCAGCUGGGGUUAUGGCUGUGGGCGGCCCCAGUUCCCAGGCGUCUACACCCGGGUGGCUGCAGUGAGAGGCUGGAUCGGGCAGAAUAUCCAAGAGUGACCACCAGGUGGCUGCUGGGGCUGGGGAACAGUGAUGUGAAGGAGGCAGGAACCAGCCAGCCACCUGCCAGGGGAGGG